AGCUCUAGGAUUGGAUGGGCGAUAACAAAGAAACACUUCCAACUAACUCUAACCUCGUCUUCUCCGUCCCUCUCUCUUUCUCUCACUCUCCGCAAUACGCAUUGUAUCUCUGGUUUACUUCAUUGCAUUUCCUUUCUCUUUAAACAUAAAUCAAAACCAGAAUACGCCUGCAGAAGAAACCUUGAGCAAUGGCGUCGUCACUACUUUCAAGGGUUCCUACAACAGCGACAAACACAAUCUCAUUUUCUUCUUCUCUGAACAACAAUUUACCAUUUCCAUGUCGUCGCUUAUCAUUAUUAACAAUUCCAUUUCCAAAUAAACCAAAUCGAAAGAUCCCAGCAAUUCAAGCGAAAAUCCGAGAGAUCUUUAUGCCAGCAUUGAGUUCAACAAUGACUGAAGGUAAAAUUGUAUCCUGGAUUAAAUCCGAAGGAGAUCUAUUAUCUAAAGGUGAAAGUGUUGUCGUUGUCGAAUCUGAUAAAGCUGAUAUGGAUGUUGAAACAUUUUACGAUGGAAUUCUUGCUGCUAUUGUAGUUGGCGAAGGUGAAGUUGCUCCUGUUGGUGCUGCUAUUGGUUUACUUGCUGAAACUGAAGAUGAUGUUGCUGAAGCUAAAUCUAGAGCUUCAUCGAAAUCAUCUUCUACUCCUUCACCUCCUCCUCCACCUCCUACCUCUGAUGUUCAACCAUCUUCUUCUUCUCCACCAGUAAAACCUACUUCUUCUACCCCACCUACUGUUUCAGAAGGUCCCAAGAAGACUGUCAUGACACCAUACGCAAAGAAGCUUGCUAAGCAACAUAAGGUUAAUGUUGAAUCAAUUGUUGGAACUGGACCAUUUGGUAGAAUUACACCUGCAGAUGUUGAAUCUGCUGCUGGUGUUUCGCCUUCCUCCAAGAGUGUUAGUCAAAUUAGCAAUGUAGCUUCAUCAAUUCCUUCUGCUCCUGUUUCUUCUCCUCCUCCUAAAGCUUCACCAUCUGCUCCUUCUCUUCCUGACAUUCCAGGUUCCACUAUUGUUCCUUUUACUACAAUGCAGUCUGCAGUUUCAAAAAAUAUGGUGGAAAGUCUUUCAGUUCCUACUUUCCGUGUUGGUUAUCCUAUGAAAACUGAUGCCUUAGAUGCUCUUUAUGAAAAGGUGAAGCCUAAGGGAGUAACUAUGACUGCAUUGUUAGCGAAAGCGGCAGCUAUGGCUCUUGCUCAACAUCCUGUUGUGAAUGCUAGCUGCAAAGAUGGGAAAAGUUUUACUUAUAACACCAGUAUAAAUAUUGCUGUGGCAGUUGCGAUUAAUGGUGGGCUCAUAACACCUGUGCUUCAGGAUGCUGAUAAGUUGGACCUUUAUUUGCUAUCUCAAAAAUGGAAAGAACUAGUAGAGAAAGCUCGUUCUAAGCAACUUCAGCCCCACGAAUACAAUUCAGGGACAUUCACACUAUCCAAUUUGGGCAUGUUUGGGGUGGAUAGAUUCGAUGCCAUACUUCCUCCAGGCCAAGGGGCUAUUAUGGCUGUAGGGGCUUCAAAGCCUACAGUUGUGACAGAUGAAGAUGGAUAUUUCAGUGUCAAGAAUCAAAUGCUGGUCAAUGUAACAGCUGAUCACCGGGUUAUUUACGGUGCUGACUUGGCAUCCUUCCUCAAGACAUUUGCAAAAAUUAUAGAGAACCCAGAAAGCCUCACAUUGUAGACAGUGAGUGGCCAAGCUUCGUAUCUGCUACGUGGGUGGAUGGAUGAGAAAGUUAUGAUUGAGAGUUGAACGGUCUGUGGCUUGGAAAACUUGGUUUUACACCACUGCUGUUUUUAGGAACUGUUCUUUAGAAAGUAAGUUUCAUUGUUCACAUUCUUUUUUACAACCUGCAGUUAAAUAGUGAAAUAACAUUUGUUUUACAAAAUUUGCAGCAAAGUAAUAAAGGGUAAAAAUUUCUUGAGAA